AUGAAAAAGUUAUCUACACAAAAUCCAAUGAUGGAAAAUCUGGCGGCUUCGCCUUCACGGGUACACUGGAUUCUGGUAAAGGAGGAUACGGAGGUGGCGGAGGAUACAGCAAUGGCGGCGCGGGUGGAAGCUAUGGUGGGGGCGCUGGAUACGGUGGUGCCACUGGUGACGGUACGGGUGGAGGUUCUGGAGGUGGUGGAGGCUCUGGCUUCGGUGGAAGUCAAGGAAGCUCUGGCAGCACUGGAAGUGGAUCCGGAUCUGGAGGAUUCGGAGGAACUGGAAAUGGAUUUGGAGGUAGCGGCGCAUUGGGUGGACACACUGGAGGCGGGGGAUCCAGCGGAAAUAAUGGUGGAAGCUUUGGCGGCAGCGGUGGAAGCUCUGGGGGAAUUGGAGGUGGUCUCGGAGGAGGAGCUGGACUUGGUGGGGGGAGUGGACUUGGAGGCGGAACUGGAUUUGGUGGUAGCGCCGGCUCAGGGCAGAGUCACGGAGGAUUCGGUGGCUUUGGGGGAGGUUCAGGAGGAAAAGGCGCAGGCGCUGGACUUGGUGGUGGCUCUGGACUCGGAGGAGGUGGUGGAGUCGGAGGUGGUAGCGGAUUCGGAGGAAGCUCUGGUUCGGGUUCAAGCCAUGGAAGUUCAGGUGGUUUUGGUGGUGCAUCUGGAGGCGGCCUUGAAGGAGGACUCGGAGGAGGCGGAGGCGCUGGACUUGGUGGUGGUGCUGGACUCGGAGGAGGUAGUGGACUUGGAGGCGGUAAUGGAUUUGGAGGAAGCUAUGGUUCGGGUUCAAGCCACGGAAGUUCAGGCGGUGCCUCCGGAGGAUUCGGAGGAGGUGUUGGACUUGGUAGCGGUGGAGGCG